GAUCUUCGCCCUCAUUCGUCACAGCUGGCGGCGGCUGCUGCUGCACCGCUCGCAACUGCUUCUCCAGAGAAGUUGCUCGGGGGGUGGAAACAGAGCCAGUGGGAAGGAGGGAGUGAUGCGAUGCAGUGCCCGGGGCUGCUCCCCAGAAACCUCGCUGCUCCUAGUGACCCUGCUCGCCAUGUGAUCCCGGCAGGGCUGAGGCUGGCUCCGAGAUGGGAACCUUAGGGAAGAGGAAAGAGAACCCGAAACCUGCACAAGGGUGCAGCACUGCCCCUAAAACAGCACUUGAACUGAAGCAGAUCAGUCCUUGUGCCUCCCAUUCAAAUCCUGCCCAGAUUACUGAGUUCAGAAUAAUGAUGCCUUUGGGACACUUAGCCAAAGGCGCCAGCCUGGAGAACCUCAUUGAAACCUGCCUUCAGUCUUUUGAUUCAGAGGGAAACCUAUGUCAAAACAACCAGCUGCUACAGAUAACACUGACCAUGCACAGAGUUAUCAUCCCCUCUGAGGAUGUGCUCCGAAAACUAAUUGAUCUAUAUCUGGAUGCUUUAGAAAAGAAAUCUUCUGGGCUUUGUGUAAAGAUAUGCUAUUUUGUAAGGUAUUGGAUAACAGAGUUCUGGAUCAUGUUCAAAAUGGAUUCUAGUCUAAUUAACACCAUGGAGGAAUUUCAGAAUUUGGUGAGAGCUAAUGGUGAGGAGUUACACUGUCGCCUAAUUGACACAACUCAAAUAAAUUCCCGGGAUUGGUCCCGAAAGCUUACACAACGGAUAAAGCCCAACACCAGUAAGAAAAGGAAAGUCUCACUUCUCUUUGAUCAUCUAGAGCCGGAAGAGCUAUCAGACCACCUCACCUACCUUGAAUUUAAGUCCUUCCGAAGAAUCUCAUUCUCAGAUUACCAGAAUUACAUUGUAAACAGCUGUGUAAAGGAGAAUCCAACAAUGGAAAGAUCCAUUGCUCUUUGUAAUGGUAUCUCCCAAUGGGUACAACUAAUGGUACUCAGUAGGCCAACGCCACAGCUUCGGGCUGAAGUGUUCAUCAAGUUUAUUCAUGUUGCACAGAAGCUCCACCAGCUGCAGAAUUUCAAUACUUUAAUGGCAGUGAUAGGAGGUCUCUGUCACAGCUCUAUCUCCAGGCUCAAAGAAACAAGUUCGUAUGUUCCUCAUGAGGUCAACAAGGUGUUUAAUGAAAUGACAGAACUGCUCUCAUCUUAUAGGAACUAUGACAAUUAUCGACGUGCUUACAAUGAGUGCACUAACUUUAAGAUCCCAAUCCUUGGGGUCCACUUGAAAGACCUGAUCUCUCUUUAUGAGGCCAUGCCAAAUUACUUAGAGGACCAAAAAAUUAAUGUGCAUAAACUACAGUCUCUGUAUAAUCACAUAAAUGAACUGAUACAACUCCAGGAGUUGGCACCUCCCUUAGAAGCUAAUAAAGAUCUUGUACAUCUGCUCACGCUGUCACUUGAUCUUUACUACACUGAAGAUGAAAUAUAUGAACUAUCAUACGCACGAGAGCCAAGAAGCCACCGAGCUGCACCUUUGACACCUUCCAAACCACCGGUAGUUGCAGAUUGGGCCUCAGGCAUAGCUCCAAAACCGGAUCCAAAGACAAUCAGCAAGCACGUUCAGAGAAUGGUGGAUUCUGUCUUCAAAAAUUAUGACCAUGAUCAGGAUGGAUACAUUUCUCAGGAAGAAUUUGAAAAGAUUGCAGCCAGCUUUCCAUUCUCAUUUUGUGUCAUGGACAAGGACAGGGAAGGUCUGAUUAGCAGGGAUGAAAUAACAGCUUACUUUAUGAGGGCUAGCUCGAUCUAUUCUAAAUUAGGUCUUGGCUUUGCUCACAACUUCCAAGAGACCACUUACCUAAAGCCUACGUUCUGUGACAACUGUGCUGGAUUUCUCUGGGGAGUUAUUAAACAAGGAUAUAGAUGCAAAGACUGUGGAAUGAACUGUCACAAGCAAUGCAAAGACCUGGUUGUAUUUGAGUGCAAGAAAAGAUCCAAAAGCAUGACUGCAGAUAACAGCCCGACCUCAGCCCUCGCUUCUAGCCUCUGCCCUGUAGGAGUCAAAGAGCAAUUCCAUGGGCAGGAGGAAGGCCCAUUUACAUUUCCUAAUGGAGAAGUGGCUGAACACAAUGAAGAGAGCAAGGACCGAACAAUUAUGCUUAUGGGUGUCUCCUCCCAAAAAAUCUCAGUGAGAGUGAAGCCAGCUGUUCUUGACAAGAGCACACAGACUGAGCCAGCACUGGCAAAUAGCGCUGUACCCAGUAGGCAGAUAGAGAAGGAGCAUGGGAUGCCAUCGGAAAAUAUUUAUCUACAGCCCGCAACACCAUCUCCAUGCCCAAGCCCAGUUCUAAGCCGCAAAAAGGCUUAUGUAAAAUGGGAAAACAAAGACUCAAGUCAGAAACGGAAGGAUGAGCAGCACAUCUGUAAACCCUCGUACCAGGAAGUGGAGCAGUAUAAAAUAAUUUAUCUUCUGAACAUGGGAAUUAAUACAUUCUGGAAUCUCUCUCAAGAAGGGCGAUAUAGGCCCAGAAGUUUAUAUUUAUCGUCAGUAAGCAACUUCUAUGUCCAAUAUGGAUGAUGCAACUCUACAAGUAGCUACUGUUUCUAUCGAGUGCCCAGUGUCACCUACAAGUGUUCCGACAAGGUAUGUAAUUAAGUGGACACUCUCAACUCAAAUUUGGCCCAAAUUCAGGUUUUCUAACAACAAACAUUUGAUAAAUCUAAGACUUUUGAGCAAUUUUUCAUGAGAGAAAUUUCAUGGUCCCAAUCAUUGCUGCAUUAAGAACUGGAAAGUGCAACUGAGUUCAUUGGUUUUCAUCAUCCAACAUUAGAAAUAUGAACUGUCAAUAAGCAGUGAAACGAAUGACUAUUUUAAGUCUUUCCUUUUUUGUGCUCUAAGGUGUGGUAUAUAAAUAUUUUUUAUAACUGAUUAAAAUUAAGCAUUCCUUUAAAAUCCUUGCUUUUUGAGCUGGCCAUAGAGGUUCUAGCUACCCACACUUUUAACCCUGCAAAACUAAAAAUUAUAGUGCCUCAUACAGAGCACGAGACUAGAGAUUUCACACUGGAGUAUUGCUUCCACUUUAAUGUCCCAUGCUACUAUUCAGGUCAAAUAGUCUUGAUACUGGCCCUGCUGACUCAGUGGUUAAUGGUUGAAGACAGAUUUUUAUUGACAGGAGGAAAAGAUGUUGGCUAUUUUCUUUAACUUCUCUCCAUCUUUCAGUCCUUCAUUUAUUAUAAGUGUGCAAUAUGUCCUGAUAUUUCAAGGUUUAAUCAUAAAAUACAAAUAUUAAAAUUAAGGAAGGGGAAUUUUCAGUCCAUGACAGCAUUUAACUGUCAUGGCCUCCAACUAUGGAACCUAUCAAAGUUGGGGAAUUACAAAGCCUCCUCAUCAUUGACAGCCUUCCUCUAUAGCUUAAGUUAUUGUUGUUAUUUAUUUCUGGCACAUCUACAGGUACCCGCCAGGGACUAGGACUCUAGUGGGCUAAGCACUGUACAAAUAACAUGAAGGCACUCCCUGCCCCCAAGAACUCAUGAACUAGGAUUUGUUGGCGUAAAUACAAAACAGACUGUGUAUGUGAUUAUUAUGUGGUUGCCAGCAUUUCAGAAAAAAGUGGCCGUGGAACAAUUCUGAGAAGGCUGGGGGUGGGGAGAAGUUGCAUGUACAUCAUGGGGAAUUUCAGGUUAUGUUCUUGUGGGUAGUUUAGUUGACUAACGGUUCAGCUAAGCAACCAAAAUCCACAGCAAACAUGUCCCUCCAUCGUGAACCCAUCCCUCCCCAGAGAACCUCCUCUUCCUGCAGCUUACCUGCAUUUGUCUUCUUGGGAGGAGGACUGGAGGUCCGUAUUUCUCCCCUUGCAUGGUUCAACAAGCAGCAGCAGGAUGUUUUCCACCCUUCGUUUCUCUCUCUCUCUCACUCAAAGAAUUCUCCCAUUCUCUCCCCAUGGGCAGAUAAGGGGGAUGGGAAAGAGGCAUCUACUUGACAGUACCAGGGAGCCUCUAGCCUUCAUCUCUUUUUGUGUCUCUUGGGGAAGCUGGGGGGAUUUAGAGUUUCCUGACUCACUUAGGGUCCUCCUGCCCUGUCCCCAUUCUGUAUUGAAUCCAUGUACUCUUUCCUGGCCCCAGUCCCUGAGCACUAAAUUCCCUUCCCCAAACAUGCCCUCUCAAAAUUGUUUCCUCCAUCUUUUCCUCCCCCCCCCCCGCCUUACAUUUGUGUUAAUUUGGUGCAAUAAACAGUCGCUUUCUAACAGGAGUCCUCAGCAGCAAGAAGUUCUGCCCUGCCAUUAAAUUUCCUGCCUGGCUCUCAGGACCCUGCCCUUCUGCACACAUUUUCCCUCUCUGGUCCUAGGUCACUGGCUGGAGCAUCAGCUUGCUAAGGCCUUUUGUAAAGUUCUUCAGCUAUCUUGUCUAAAAAUUCAUGCCGUUGUGGGUCAGAUUUUUGAUACCUUUAAUUUGUGCGUGUGGAACCUGCAUGUGGGGCUAUACCUAGCUCCCACUGAAAUCAACAGCAAAACCUCCAUUGGCUUAACUGGGAAAACAAACAAGCCCUACCACAUGCAAGUCAUGUAACUGCAUUUCUGAUUUUUGCACAGGUAUAAAAAUACCUCCCUUUGUUUCUGAAACUUGGUUCUUGUCUGUAAUCCUAGUAUCCCUGUAUGUCUGUGAUAGUGCAGGAAACACACUGUAUAGGAGAGAGCUCCCCAGCCUGUGCCCUUUUGACCAAGAAGCCUGAGUGGUGGUGGUUUCAGACACUCUCCUUUCGCAACCUCUUCUUAGAAGCUGAAGGUUGCUGUACCUCCCUGGGAUGAUCUGCCUGGAGUUCCCAAACAACAGUCUAGUUUUCAAAAGUCUGAUGCUCAUUUACAAGGUCCCUUUACACUGCUCUACCGGCAUAAAGGUGUUUUAAUGUAAAUAUAUUUCAGGGGAUGUAAAUUUCAUUAAGAAUAGAGAGGAAUAGAUAUAGGCUCUGUAUACAGUAUUUAAUCUGACACUGUAAAAUUCAGCUAGAUAGGGUCUCCUGAUGACAAACUCUUAGAUAUAUGAUGUAUUUUUAUUUGCUGUGGGCUUGUCUAUACAGGGAAACUAAUUCAGAUUAAGGUAAAGCGUGAAUUUAAAGCGGAAUAGUUAUUCUUGAUUAACUCCCUUAACCCAUUUUAGAUUAAGCUAAUUCAGAAUAAGGCACUUUUAUUCCCGAUUAAAAGCCUCUACGCAGGGAGUUAAUCAGGAACAAUUUUAAAUUUAAAUACAACCUUAAUCUGAACUAACUUCCCUGUAUAAAUAAACCCACAAAAAAUAAAAAUUAGAGCUGUCAAGCAAUUAAAAAAA